UAUCUCUGUCUUGUUUCCUUUGUACAGGAUGCACGCGCGCACGUCCAAGACCAGCUUCUGUGGAUGGUCUUGAGAGUGAGACGGAUACUGACAUCUCUCCGCUUGUUUCUCCCUCCAACGUCGUGCGUUUAUCUCUCUCUAUUGCACGCAGAUCUAGGCAUUCCUCAAUUUUCAGACAUCAAUCAUUUCCCUCGCUCACUGUCUCCGCUUUUCUCUUUUAUGGACCGGAACAGAACCGACAGCCCCAUCUACUCGCGCCAAUGGAGCAGCGAUUCCAGCGCCUCUGCUGGCACUGGUCCGUCAUCUCCGGUGGUAAUGUCGCCUGGACGUCACCACCACUCGCGCUCCUCUUCUGUCACCGGACUUUCCACCGUCAAGAGAAACCAAAAUUUCGCUGCCAAAGCAGCUGCUCAGCGCUUGGCUCAGGUCAUGGCUUCUCAAACCACUGACGAUGACGAGGACGAUGGUGACGAUCUAGGGUUUAGAUAUAGUGCACCACCUCCUCUCUCUCUUUCUAGGAAUCUUAACUCUGCUGCUACUACUAAUACUAAACCUACGGUUCCAUCUAGCUGGAUCACUAGAUCUCCUUCCCCUGCCUUAUCUGGGAACAUGGUAGAGGAAACUCCAUCGGUUCGUUCAACAUCAGCUGGAAGGUCCUCAAUUUCCUUUCGAACAGCACCGCCGCUGCCAACCAGUAAAGGAUCACUGAGGACUGCGGUUUCUUUACCACCAAUGGAGCCUCCCAGAAACGGGCAGAGAGACAGUAAAAGAUUCUCAUCAGAUGUGGGACACUUUAACUCUAAAGAUACAGGAGAUCAGCGCGAGGCCUCUGCUCUUCGUGAUGAACUUGAUAUGCUACAAGAAGAGAAUGAGAACAUCCUUGAGAAGCUCAGGCUUGAGGAAGAGAGAUGCAAGGAAGCAGAGGCCAGAGUUAAAGAGCUUCAGAAGCAGGUUGCUGCUCUUGGCGAAGGAGUAUCUUUGGAAGCUAAAUUAUUGAGCAGGAAAGAAGCUGCUUUGCGACAAAGAGAGGCUGCACUCAAGGAAGCAAAACAAAAUAAUAUGGUGGAUAAGGAAGUUGCAUCUAUUAGAUCUGAAGUGGAGAAUGCAAAAGAGGAGGCUACAGCUGUUGUGCAACAGCUUCAUGGAGCUGAAUCUGAAGUGAGAGCCCUUCGCUCAAUGACACAAAGGAUGAUUUUGACUCAGAAAGAAAUGGAAGAAGUUGUUCUUAAGAGGUGUUGGCUUGCUCGCUACUGGGGCUUAGCUGCAAAAUAUGGUAUCUGUGCCGAUGUUGCUGUGUCAAAACAUGAAUAUUGGUCAUCCUUAGCACCUCUUCCAUUUGAGGUUGUUGUUUCUGCUGGACAAAAGGCAAAAGAGGAAUGUUGGGAAAAAGGAGAUGAUGACAAUGAAAAGAGAAGCAAACUUGCUGUUGACCUGAGUGAUCUAACUGGAGAAGGAAAUAUUGAGAGUAUGCUUUCAGUUGAAAUGGGCUUGAAGGAGCUUGCUUCUUUGAAGGUUGAGGAUGCUAUUGUGCUUGCAUUGGCUCAACAAAGGCGCCCAAGUUCUGCUCGGCUAUCCAUCUCAGAUAUCAAAUCACCAGGUGAUCCAAAGUAUAUGGAGGCAGUUGAAUUGUUUCCCGAGGAGUCUGAAGAUGUUCUUUUCAAGGAGGCGUGGCUUACAUAUUUUUGGAGCAGAGCCAAAGACAACGGUAUAGAGGAGACCAUUGCCAAAGAACGGCUUCAAUUUUGGAUCAACCGCCGUGGCCACUCACCAAGUUCACAUGAUGCUGUUGAUGUUGAGCGAGGCCUGAUGGAGCUCAGGAAGCUAGGAAUAGAACAUCGACUGUGGGAAGCAUCUCGCAAAGAAAUUGAUCAGGACUCUUCCACCAAACGUAACAAGGAAAUCAACUGGACAAUUUAAGAGCUCUGGUUGAUGGGAAAUGUCUAUAUUUUUCUUUCUGCGUUUUUCCUUGUGUUUUUUGGAACAUGUCUAAUUAUUUCAAGUGAGACAUGGCCACCGGUUCUCUAGCGUCCACGACUCUAUUACACUAUACCAAAGUAGAGGCUUCCUCUCUGUUGCAGACAAAUGAGGCACUGAGACAAAUGUCUUGUAGAGAAAUCAUGAUUGAAGAUGCGUAGGAUGCUAUUUGAUUCCUCCAUUUCCUGCAUUGUUUCACUAAACAUGGAUACGAUGCCAUUUCAGGUUAAACACAUUGCUCGAUACACGCAAAUGUUUUUUAGCCACGUAAGAUGAACAAAUUACUAGUUCUCAAUUCGAGUUGUAAUUGUCCUCUGUUGUUAUAUUUCAAAUUCUUAACAAUAUUUUGUCAUUGGAUAGGAGAUGGAGGCCAUUUUUAUACAUUGUAAGGGUGAUCAGUAUUUGAAUUGAUUUAAUUUAAAAUUUUUUCAGUAA